AUGAAAAUAGAUCCUCAAGAUGUAGUGAAGAAAGAUGUGAAAGAUUUGGAGGCGGCAAGACCCGCCUCUGCAUUGAGUACUCAUGUAUCGGAGCCGACCGUUUCCCUCACUGAGUUGCGCUCUCUCAUGGAGGCUCGCGGAGCUGAAGCGAUCGUCAGGUUGAGCACGGAGCACGAUGGAUUGGACGGUUUAUGCGCAAAGUUAAGAGUUGACCCGUCCAAAGGACUCUCCAGUGAGGCGGCCAUUCUCGAGCAUCGAAGGAAAAAAUUCGGCGCAAACACGAUUCCGCCGGCGAAAAGCAAGAACUUCUGGCAGCUCGUCUGGAAUGCGUGCAGGGACCCAACCCUGAUCAUCCUGGUGUGUUCGGGUUUUUUCUCGCUCGCGCUUUCCUUCUACAAUCCGCCCACCGAGGCGAUCAUCCAUCCCGGGAACACGACUGCGAUUGGGGCAUCGAAUUUUACGACUGAUUCAAAUUCAACCCAACCGAUGUUCGCCGCUCAGAAUCAAACCGACGAAGAAUCAAAGGAGAAUGGGCAUGGAAGUGCUUGGAUUGAAGGUGUCGCGAUUUUGAUUUGCGUAGUGGUGGUGGUGCUCGUGACUGCGCUCAACGAUUUCUCCAAGGAGCGACAAUUUCGAAGUCUUCAGGCAAAAAUCGAAACCGGCCACAAAUUUUCGUGUAUCCGCGAUGGCGAGGCGCUCGAUAUCGCUGUCAGUGAAAUCGUUGUCGGUGACAUUUUGCGCGUGAAAUACGGAGAUUUGAUGCCAGCCGAUGGAUUUCUUCUGCAAGGCAACGACUUCAAAGUGGACGAGUCGGCGCUCACCGGUGAAUCGGAUCACAUCAAGAAGAGUGUCGAGAGUGAUCCAGUGCUUCUCUCGGGAACAUACGCAAUGGAGGGAUCGGGGAAAAUGUUGGUGACAGCUGUGGGAGUGAAUUCACAAACCGGGAUCAUCAUGAUGUUGCUGGGAGCGGGCAAAGGUCCCGAUGGAGAGGAUGAUGACGCGAAAUCCACCUCAAGCUCUUCCUCUUCCUCAUCAUCGUCAAGCUCCGGUUCCUCAAGCUCAUCGGGAAGCAGUUCCUCCUCAAAAUCCUCAUCGUCGGCCGACACGGAUGAUUUGUGCGCGAAAUCCGUUCUUCAAAGCAAACUCUCGAAAUUGGCUCUUCAGAUUAUCUAUUGUGGUACAACCGUUGCCUUGGUUGCUCUCGUCGUCUUGAUCACUCGUUUCACGAUCACCACUUAUGUGAAAGAGGGGAAACCCUUCGAUUUGAGUCAUGUCGCUUUCUUCGUCAAAUUUUUCAUCAUUGCCGUGACGAUUCUCGUGAUUUCAAUUCCCGAAGGUCUUCCAUUAGCCAUCGCUCUGGCGCUCACCUAUUCCGUUCGAAAAAUGAUGUUCGAUAACAAUUUGGUUCGUCAUUUGGACGCUUGCGAGACGAUGGGCAAUGCGACGUCGAUUUGCUCGGACAAAACGGGAACACUGACCACAAAUCGGAUGACCGUCGUCGAUUCAUAUGUUAAUGGUAAUCACUACGAGGGACAAGAUCAGCAACCAAAAGGCGCGAAUUUGCCUGGGAACACGAACGAUCUCCUCACAAAGGCCAUCUCGAUCAAUUCCGCUUACUCGUCGCAAAUCGUUCAACCGACAAAGGCUGGCCAACAAGUUCAACAACUCGGCAACAAAACGGAAUGCGGUCUACUGGGAUUCGUGAAAACUCUCGGUGCUGACUAUUCACUCAUACGGAAACAGUUCCCCGAAGAAACGUUUUUCAAGGUUUACACUUUCAACUCGUCUCGCAAAUGCAUGAUGACGGUGAUUCGUUUGUUAGAAGAUGGAAAAGAUAUCGGAUAUCGAGUGUACUGCAAAGGAGCCUCGGAGAUCGUGCUUGGAAGAUGCUCAUUUUUGAUUGGUGCCGACGGUGGUCCACAUCCUUUCUCGAGAGAUCGACUUGAAGAGAUCAAUGAGACGGUGAUCUCGAAAAUGGCCGGAAAUGGAUUGAGAACAAUUUGUAUUGCGUACAAGGAUUAUGUCCGAGCCGAAGCUCGUGAAGCUGAGCCGAUUGAGAUUCCCUUCGAGAAAGAUGAGGACAUCAAAUGGGAAGAUGAAGAUGAGAUGAACGCCCGUUUUGUCGGCAUUGCACUUUGCGGAAUUCAAGAUCCGGUUCGCGCGGAAGUUCCAGCCGCCAUCGAGAAAUGCCGACGAGCUGGGAUCACUGUUCGAAUGGUUACUGGUGACAACAUCGAUACGGCUCGAGCUAUCGCUCGUUCAUGCAAAAUCCUCGAACCGGGUGAUGAUUUUUUGGCUCUCGAAGGAAAGGAUUUCAAUCAACGAAUUCGUGAUGAAGAGGGAAAAGUCGUUCAAGAGAAACUCGACGAGAUCUGGCCGAGGUUGAGAGUGCUGGCUAGGGCACAGCCAGCUGACAAAUACACAUUGGUGAAGGGAAUUAUCGAUUCGAAAGCGACAGCACAACGGGAAAUCGUCGCCGUGACAGGUGAUGGAACAAACGAUGGACCGGCGCUGAAAAAAGCCGAUGUCGGUUUUGCGAUGGGAAUCGCGGGAACGGAUGUGGCCAAAGAAGCAUCGGAUAUCAUCCUCACCGAUGAUAAUUUCACGUCGAUUGUCAAGGCAGUGAUGUGGGGUCGAAAUGUGUAUGACUCGAUCGCGAAAUUCCUUCAAUUCCAAUUGACCGUCAAUGUGGUGGCCGUGAUCACAGCGUUUGUCGGAGCUGUCGCCGUUUCCGAUUCACCGCUAAAGGCUGUUCACAUGUUGUGGAUCAAUCUAAUCAUGGACACGCUCGCCUCGCUUGCCUUGGCCACUGAAGUACCCACCGAGGAUUUGCUGAAUCGAAAACCAUAUGGCCGAAAGAAAUCGCUGAUCUCGCGGACGAUGGUGAAGAAUAUUGUCAGUCAUGCGAUCUAUCAGCUCAUCGUUCUCUUCACUUUCUUCUUCUAUGGUCACAAAAUCUUCAACAUUCCAACGGGUAUCGAUGCUCCUCUAUAUUCUCCGCCCACUCAACAUUUCACAAUCGUUUUCAACACUUUUGUCAUGAUGACCCUUUUCAAUGAAUUCAACGCGAGAAAAGUGCAUGGAGAGAGGAAUAUCUUUAAGGGUCUUCUUCGUAAUCGUGUCUUCUGUGUGAUCUGGUUGUCAACAUUUAUCGGGCAAAUCUUCAUCAUCAAUUACGGUGGACAGUGGUUUUCGGUGGCGCCGCUUACAUGGAAUCAAUGGCUCGUUUGUCUCGGUUUCGGUGUUUCGGAACUCCUUUGGGGUCAAGUUGUUGCAACGAUUCCUAGCAAGAAGUUGCCGAAGAAGUUCGCCUAUCUCAAGGGUCCAAUGGAGCCGUCAAAACUGCACAUCAAUGGCGACUACAACGUGAACGUUCGCUCGAGAGCGUUGACCGUUCGUCGAACGGGCCAAGGAUUGUGGUUGAGGGGGAUGCAAUUGCUGGGAAUGCAUUUCCGCGUGCUUCGUCAAAUGAAAUUCGGUCAAAUGAGAGGUUUCGGCCGAACGGCGCCCGAAAUGACGGCCGCCGACGCGCAACGUUGGAGAAACAGUUAUCGCAAGUAUCGACACCAAAAGCAUCAAGAAAAGAAAGCCGCUGAAGCAAAAGCGACCGCGGACGAGACGACCGAAGAUCAAGGAAAACGCACAAAACUACCAGCAGAAUUGAAAGAAAAGAGGAAAACGUUCAAGCAAAUCAAGAAUAUCGCCGGCAAUCCACCUGUACAUCAUCAUCAUCACAAAAAGAAGGGAAAGGGCAAGCCAAACGAGGCGGCAAGUGACGGAGGCGGUGCUUUGAGCGAUGUGGAUCUCGAUAAU